GCGGCCUGGGUCGCAGGCGCCGCGGGCGCGGGCGCGGCCGGCCUGGUGGCGCUGCGCUGGAGGGCCCCGGCCCGCGCGGAGGAACCCGCGGGCCCCGCCAGCGGGGACGUCUCCAGGCCAUCGGGGGCUGGGCCGCGCGUCUUCGUGUGGGGCCAGCGGGCGGCCAUGCCAGUCUGCGAGGCCACGGGCGACAGGGAGCCGCCCGGCGACGUGCGGGCGCCCACGGAGGUCGCGUGGUUCCGGCUGCGGGCCGAGGAGCUCGGCUGCCGCUGGCAGCAGCUGGCCUUCGGCCCCAGCUUCGGCGCGGCGCUGGCCGACAGCGGGGAGCUCUUCGUGUGGGGGUCCUGUCCGCGCAGGGGCGAGGCGCGGCGCUUCCUGGAGCCCCGGCCGCUGCUCUUCGAGGGCGCGGCGCCGGGCCUGCGCUUUCGCGACGUGCAGUGCUCCGAGAAGUCGAUCUGGGCCCUGGCCACAACUGGCGAGGUGGUGGUCUGGGAGCGCGCCCCAGCGAUGCUUGCGGAGCUGGCUUCCGCGCCGCCCUCGCAGGCGCCACGGGUGGCCAGGGGCGGCAAGCUGGUUCCAGGCAUGGACAGGCCGGUCCGGAUCUUGUCCGUGGGCGCCUCGCACGCCUCCUUCAUCACGGACGAGGGCGACCUGUACUGCCUCGGCAGCAACAGGUGCGGAGAGUGCGGCAUCGACCCGGCCAAGGAGACCGCCGCGGCUGGAUGCCGCUUGAUCAACUUCCCGCGGCACUGCAACCCGAUCGCCCGGGUCAGCUGCGGCAAGACGCACACGGUGGCCAUCGGCGCCGAGGGCCAGGUGCUCUCGUGGGGCGACGACUCCAAGAUACAGCUGGGCCUCGGCGACACGCGGUCCAACGUGGGCGAGGAGCGGCCGUGGGAGGGCUCCCGCGGGCUCAUCCGCAAGAUGCAGACGGGGGAGUCCAUGGCCACGUCGAGUGCCCUGCGCGGCGGCCCAACGCGCCCUCGUCCACGAUGGGCGGCUCCGGCGCUGGCAAAAAGUACGGGGAGUUCGACCCGCACCACCAGUGGCGGCCCUCGCUCAUGAUGGACAUCCCGCUGGAGUUCGAGCGGCAGGCCCACGGCACUCCGUACCCGCCGCCCGACGGGGUCGUGUGCGGCGACGACACCAGCAUCCUGAUCGUGCGGGACAGCCCCGACUGGUUCUCGCCAGAGGAGGGAACGAACCGCCUCUUCUGCUGUGGGGACAACGAGCGCGGCCAGUGCGGAAGGUCGACGCAGCAGCAGCAGCAGACGCUCGCCGCGGUGCGGCUGCCGAGGCACAGCUACACGUACAGCGUCUCCUGCGGGUCGUCGCACUGCGUGGCCCUCGUGCGCCGGUGCGGCUCGCGCAAGAGGGAGGUCUGGGCCUGGGGCGGCAACGACCGGGGCCAGGCCGGCGAGACGCGCGCGGGCGUGGUGUGCCCUGCAGCGCGGCAGCGGCUCCCGAAGGAGGCCGACGCGCGCGUGGAGGCGGUCCACUGCGGCUUCAGCUCCAGCGCCGCGGUCUGCUCCGACCGCCCUCCCCGCGCACCGGCAGGGGCCGAGCCUGGCGCGACCGGUUGACGGUCGGAAGGGGCCCUUCGCUCGUUCGGCGCUCAGGAAAAUGCAGCACAGGCCAGGGGGUAGACG